AUGAUAGAGAGGAUUGAGUCGGAUAAGGUGUACGAUUUGGUAAGUGGCGGCGAUGGCAUGACUGUUGAGGCUCUAAAGCAGUUCAUAGACAUUGUGUUUCUUGAUGUGAAUCCCCAGCAGGUUUCCCAACUGACACAGUCUCUAGGAAGUGUUGUGACAAGAGAUGACUUUAAUUCCAUCCUCGGCUCCCUGGUGCACAAGAAGGCAGGAUGCCUGGACGUAUUCAGCUCUUGGGACAGAGGCCAGAAGGGAUACAUAGACAAAUCAGAUGUGGAGACGAUUCUCAAGAGCUACGGGCUCUCCUUCAAAGAAAGCUAUAUCGAUGCGAUGAUCGGAAUAUUCAAGGAUAAAAGAAUGGGGCUUGACGACUUGAACAGCCUCUGGAAGGAGGAGGAGUAA